GAGUUUAUAAUAACGAGCAUUUACCUGACUAGUGCACUUUACACCAGGCUUGUUGCUGAGCGCCCGCCUACGUUCGGACAGCCUUUGUAGUGUGAGUCAAUAUUCCCGGAAGCGUGCUGUGCGUUUGAUUUGAGCUGCUCCCUCGCCAUUCAGUGACGCGUAUUCCAGUGUAGCAGCAGCAGCAUAACGGUAAGUAGACUAUGGCAGAGCAGGAUCCCACCCCGGAACAGCUGGCGGCCAUCGCAGCGGCCAACGAGGAAGCGGAGGGCGGGGUCAACUACAAGCCCCCCGCUCAGAAGAGUCUGCAGGAGAUCCAGGAGCUGGACAAGGACGACGAGAGCCUGCGCAAGUACAAGGAGGCCCUGCUGGGGAACGCCGCCGCGGCUGCAGUAGACCCCAACGCUCCCAAUGUCCAGGUGACACGCUUGACCCUGAUGUGUGAGACGGCGCCGCUGCCCCUGACCCUUGACCUACAGGGAGACCUGGAGUCCUUUAAGAAACAGUCCUUUGUCCUGAAGGAAGGCGUGGAGUACAAGAUAAAGAUCAGCUUCAAGGUCAACAAGGAGAUUGUGUCUGGACUGAAGUAUGCCCAGCAGACCUACAGGAAAGGAGUCAAGGUUGACAAGUCAGACUACAUGGUGGGGAGCUACGGGCCGCGGCCGGCAGAGUACGAGUUCCUGACCCCUCUGGAGGAGGCCCCUAAAGGCAUGCUGGCCCGCGGCACCUACAACAUCAAGUCCAAGUUCACUGAUGACGAUAAGCACGACCACCUCUCCUGGGAGUGGAACCUUAACAUCAAGAAAGAGUGGAAAGACUGAGUCCCCGUCAACUUAAUUCUUCCCCAUUCCCCUCUUCUUAUUCCCCCUCCAUUAUUUUGAAUUCAUAAUUAUGUGAUAAGUAAUUUAGGCAAAUUGCUCUCUCGUCCACCCCAAUCCCUGCAGUAGUUUCAUUGCAAUCACUGCAGUAGUUUCAUUGCAAUCGUUGUCAUGCCAUUCACUCCCCCACACACUCCUUGUGAUGCUGAGUAUUGAAUAUGUGGAGAAAGCAAAUCAUGUGCACAAUCAUGAAUUUAUUUUGGUUAGUUUGUAUAUAAAUGUUUUUUUUUAAAUGAAAGAUUGAUUUGUUAAUGCUCUUGAUAUGGAUGUUAUAAUCAACUGUGUGAAUUCCAUCCUUUCCCCUUCAUCCCCUCUUGUCUUUCUGUCAUUCCUUUUUACCCCCCUUCCUGCUGAUUGUUUUAUACAACCAGGAUCUGCCUUGUAAAGGUGUUGCUGUGUGUUAAAGGCUGUGGUAGAUCCACACUCUGUACUCUUUGUUGGGGACGUUGCCCUCUGUCAGUGGAAAGCCUUUGAGCAGAUUAUAUGUACCAGAGUCCACACAAUUAGUUUAUUCUGGAACUAGUGUGAAUUCCUAACCGUUAAGAGGRGGCAUGAUCAGCACUUACCGGCAGUCCACCAGAGGCACUGUGACCACCUGCUGAAGGUGCAAGUGUGCCUCUUCCUGAUCAGGGUUUUCACCUCCCUACCUAGUUCAUUCAGCAGCCAAGUGGCCUUAAAGAGGAUUCCUGUAGAACUAACGAUGAAGGAAAUUAUUACAAAGAGCCAUUUGCCUUUAGAACAGAACUGUCAGAUUGUUACGAGAGCCUCCUACAGGGUUUUAGGCACGAACAGAUGAUCAGACAGACCAUUGAGAUGCUUGUACCUUCUUUCCAGAUUAGCCAGUAGAAGUAGACCAUGAAAGUGAACAGCAGCCAUCUCUGCUCCCUCCUCACCACAUCAGGUYGUCUCAAUGUGGACCACCUUUAGUGCAGUUUGCUGAUAUAAAGAACCUGGUUUUGUUGACAACUAAGAAAUGAGCUCCUUGUCAAAUGCCCUCUAAGCAGACCGUGGCCUUCUUCCAGUCACUAACUCCAUUACUGUAGCGUCUCAUAUGGGGCCUUGCUGGUGGCCCUUGUGAACAGAGGUGGAAUGUCACAAGGGUUGUUAAUCUGCACCCCUCGAGUAUGAAUCAACUCCAGGAUUACCAAAACUGGCUGUGCCUCUAGCUUUUACAACCACCAGCUGCUCUCGUCGGUUUACUUCCAGAAUGGGAGCUCAACAUCAAAUAGUUAUUUUAGGUCAGGUCUAACUUGUGCACAGACCGAGUUUCAAGUAGAACGAGAACAGCCAAGACCUCUUACUACUACAUAACCGUGUUAUAUUUUUCUACACUCCAUUUUUCAACGUCAUAACUUGUGAUGUAGGGCUCAGGCUUUGUUUGGUUUCAUUGGAUCAUUGUUUCAGUAUGGUUUUGAUUCUGUGUAACUCUGCUGUGCCACCUGGAGAAUACUGUUCACCUGUCACAUUAAAGUCUUCAGACUGGAGGUCACGCUGUCUUUUUAAUCAAUAAAGUCAUGUUACUUUUUA